GAGUCAGGAAGAGACUCAACUCUGCCUGUCUGUACGCUCUCUCUCGCUUGCUCUUUUUCCCUCUCUCUUUCUCCUGCUCUGUCUUCUUUUCAUUUCUUCUUCCCUGUCUUCAGCCAUCCUGACAGAGGAGUUAUAUGCCUUUUUUCGGUGACGUCAGUUACUGUGGCUCAAACGGUGGCAUGAGUUGCGAAGGGACCGUGUUUGUUGAAUUCCUUCAUAGUCUUGUUUGCAUUGAGAGUCAACUUGCUCGUUUCUUUAGCGCAGUGCCUUCGGUAUUUAGUGAAAUAUCAAUUAAUUCCUCCCUCGUUUGGUGUUUUGCUCCUUGCCUGUACGCAGCGCCAAUGCGCACAGGACACUAUGUGUGUUCGAGUUAUGUUUAAUGAAUGACCAACGGUGAAGGAAAUCCCUGCCAGGGAAACAAAAACUCUGCAGCCGUUUUCACCCUGCCUUGGAUCCAGAGAGCCAGACCAGAGCUGGGGAUUAGCGUGCCCGACCUUCAUUGCGGAAAAGACUCUCAUCGGAGACCGAUGUGAAGGCACACUGCUCCGGUGAAGUACGUGCUUCAUCCUAGAGCUCUGCUGAACAUGUCCAUUCACAUUGUGGCGCUGGGCAGUGAGUGCCCUGGUGGCGUAGGUUCCGGGGAGGAUGUCCCUGGACAGGCCCAGAUGCAGGGGGGGCUGCUGUGGAGCUACCUGGGCCACAGUGCCAUGCCUGGACACGGGGGCAUAGACGGAACCCUCCCCGGCCGGCAUGGCCUCAACCCUGCCUUCAUGGAGUACCAGUCACGUGUAUUCGGGGACGUCCGGGUCAUGGUGCAGGACUGUCCGAGCUGGGAUCUGUUGGACAGUGACUGGGCGAGUGUGCGGAGUGUUCUGGAACAGGCCGACAUUGUGGUCAUUAAGUACUCCGUGAAUGACAAGCUGGCAUUUCAGCAGGUGCGAAAUGUAUACUCGCCCCGUCUCCGUCCACUGCUGCGCCACUGGGGCAUGCCUGUUAUCCUGGUGGCAGUGGGGGCACGUCUAAACGACGAGGGCCCACCAUGCACAUGUCCACUGUGCGCGUCCGACUGGAGUAGCUGUGUCCCCCACAGCGAAGGCCUCCAGCUGUCCCGAGACCUGGGCGCCACCUACCUGGAGCUGCCCUCGCUCAACAACUUCUUUGUGGGCCGCUACUUCGGCAGCGUGCUGGAGUACUUCAUGAUCCAGUGUUUGAAGCAGAAGGCCAAAGAGCGUCCUGACAAGCGGCGUGGCUACAGGAUCAAUGAGCCCCGCCCACCACAUCUGGACCAGCCAGCCCGUCUGCCCCCCGUGCGGGUGGAGGAGUCCACCUUCUCUCAGGACCUGCAGUGGCUGCUGGAGCGUGGCGUGCAGUUCGCGGACGUGGCCUUCUACGCCGGCGACUCGGGCAAGGAGCUGGGCUGGGCGCACGCCGCCGUCCUCUGCGCGGUCAGCCCCUACUUCCGCCAGCUGCUGGUGGGGCGGCAGGCCUGGGAGCGGCCCAUCUCGCGCUGCGCCUGUCGGGAGCGCGACGGAGCCGUGGCUGGUGGCGGCGGUGGUGGUGGUGGCGGCGGCCCCCACUCGCUGCUCUCCACCUGGGACGGGGGCCUGGAGGAUGGGGGCCUGCCCCGCCCUGCCGACGGGCACCUCCCUGGACGCCUCUCACGCCUGGUGGUCAAGGACCCGCUGCUGUGCGUGUGCCUGUGGGAGACGCUGAUGUUUCUGUACAGAGGUGCGUGGGAGUGGGAGUACCUGGAGGAGGCGGUGGCUGAGAAGCUGAAGAGUCCUCUGGCCGUGGCUCAGCUCAUGGAGAGAGUGCGCUCCUUUGUGGGCAGAGAAAAGUGCCCACGGGACACACCCACCUCUCGACAACCAGGACCUCAAGCGCUGGGAAACAUUUUCAACUCGCCCCUCUACUCUGACGUCAUCUUCAUGGUGCAAGGAAGUGUGUUACCGGCGCACCGGGCGGUUCUAGUGGCCCGCUGUGAUGUCAUGGCGGCCAUGUUUAGCGGCAAGUACGCGGAGGCCCGGAGCCGGGUGGUGCCCAUCCACGGCGUCUCCUCGGACACCUUCCUCUCUUUCCUGGAGUACCUCUACACAGACACCUGCUGUCCAGCCAGUGUUCUACAGGCGAUGGCGGUGCUGGUGUGUGCAGAGAUGUACCAGGUGAAGCGUCUGCAGCACCUGUGCGAGGUGUGUGUGUGCGCCUACCUACAGAGCAUGCCCAGCAGGGAGCUGGCAUCCACCGGGAUCAGCAUCAUACGGUUGCUAAGGAGAGCAAAGUGUCACAAUGCUGACCAGCUUUAUGUUUGGCUCCUGCACUUCAUCGCAAACAACUACCUGAUCUUCAGCCACAAACCAGACUUCAUCGAGCUCACAGACGAGGAGCGGGAGCACGUGGAGAGGCUGCGCUGGCCGUCGAGGGGCUACCUGCAGGAGCUGAGCGAGUACCAGCAGCGCCGGCGGCAGCUGCGCAAGUCCCGCUGCAACCUCAUGUGACCCCUGAGCCCUGCGUCCGCACCUGCACCUGCCCGAGCCGCGGCGGCCUCUGCCUGCCCUGUGGGUGCGGCGCAGGACCACAGGAAAGAGAGGGAUAAGGAAAAGAAGAAGAAGGAGAAGAAGCAGCAGAAGGAGAAAGAGAAGGCGAUGAGUGUGAGGACAUGGGGAUGGACACUCCCUCUCUUCCGGCUGUCCGGCCUCUGUGUUAAGGGCCAGUGGGGUGGUGGGUCCCACACGCUCAGCCAUACCAAACUUUGACCACUGACUCUGUGACAACUCUGUAUAAGGACCUUAAAAUGGAAGAGACCGCUGUGGAUUCUGGGAGCUUUGUUCUCAUAGGGGAUUUAACAGAUCCAUAUCGCUGUCUGGUUCUAGCUAGGCCUUUGCAAGGCGAUAACUGUGACUAAAUAACGACAACCACAAGCUUUACACCUCAGGACCUGGGUUAGCACUUAUUACGGUCAUAACUCGUUCGGCCUCUCCUUAUUACGGACUGCCACUGUCAAUACCGCAGAACCCAACGAGUUAUGACCGUCCUAAAGGCUUAACAGUCAGUUGCAAAUCUAGGCCCUGGGUAUUACAUCUAUGCCGAGGAGUAACUGUGGACUGGGGAGGCCCUUGUGGCCAGCGCUCUUCAGCUGGACAAUGCGGAGAGCUGGAGGGGACUUGUUUUGUACUUGCGGUGGUCGGCGCACCACUCACAAGGCUGGACGAGGUGCCAAAACGUACUGUAAGCCUGAGAAUGUGCUCAACAGGGUAGGGUCACCCUCACAUCCACUUCAGACUUAAACUCACUGAAGUCCUUUUACAUGGUGCGCAUUCAUUAAAUUGAGUGUUUUCUUGCAAAAAAAAGAAAGAAAAGAAAAAGGAAAUGAUCAACGAAAAAGACAAACCCUACUUGAUUUCAACGACUUAAAUAAUUUAAUUUUCAAAUAAAUAAACACACACCACAAAAUGUUUUUUAUUUUUUUGCCAUGAGAUUAUCAUUUGGCGAUGCAACUAUUUUUCUAUACAUGUACAUGAUGGGGGUUUUUAUUUGACAAUGUGUACAGAGUAGGCAUCCAGCAUGUGUAGUGCAGUGUGUGUAUGUGUGUGUAUGUGUAUACAUGUGUAUACGUGUGUGUGUGUGUGUGUGUGUGUGAAUGUGUGUGUGCGUGUGCGAUGGGACCCUAGACAUUGUCCCAGGCUCUGUGUAGUUUAGUUCUGUUCUGUUGAUCUCCUGCUCACUCUGAAUAAAGACAUGAUUUUAACAGGA